CUGUACUCUAGCUGUGUGUGGAGAAGGCGGUAGGGGCGCAGAGGGGGAUUCUGUUUUCGGUAACAGAUAUCCGAGUCCAUUUCUGGGAUUUUACCGAUUGGAUAACGCGUCGUUGAGACGGAGAGUCCCUGCUAAAGUGACAAUAUGUUGAAUAUGUGGAAAGUCAGGGAGCUGGUGGAUAAAGCUACCAAUGUGGUGAUGAACUAUUCAGAGAUCGAGUCUAAGGUUCGAGAAGCCACCAAUGAUGACCCUUGGGGUCCCUCUGGUCAGCUUAUGGGUGAGAUAGCCAAAUCCACAUUUAUGUACGAGCAAUUUCCUGAAGUCAUGAACAUGCUGUGGACCAGAAUGCUGAAAGACAACAAAAAGAACUGGAGAAGAGUUUACAAGGCCUUACUACUCCUAGCGUACCUCAUCAGAAAUGGAUCAGAAAGAGUGGUUACAAGUGCCAGAGAACACAUCUAUGACCUGCGCUCUUUGGAAAACUAUCACUUUGUAGAUGAAAAUGGAAAAGACCAGGGUAUCAAUGUACGGCAGAAGGUCAAAGAAAUGGUGGAGUUCGUCCAGGAUGAUGAUAGGUUACGAGAGGAGAGGAAAAAAGCAAAGAAGAACAAGGACAAAUACAUCGGAGUAUCAUCGGAGGGCAUGGGAGGCUUCAAACAAAGCAACUCGGGAGAGCGCUUUGACUCGGAGUCUAAAAGCAAGUGGGAUGAAGAUUGGGAGAAAAGCAAAGGCGGCUUUCCUUUCAGCGAGAAGCUCGGCGAGAUCAGCGAUAAGAUCGGCAGCACCAUUGACGACACUAUUAAUAAGUUCCGCAAAAAGGAACGAGAUGAUUCUCCCGAUCGAAUUAGUGACAAUGAAGAGGACAGAAUAUCACAGAAUGGUCGGCCGGCCAAGUCUGAAUUCAAGGACGAGGAGGAAACGGUAACACCCAAAAGUCUACAGGCGAUGCAGGCUGCUGAGACUACCCCUACCACCAGCACCGGUACACGCAAACGGGGUGGAAUGCCCUCCAAAACAGUGGAUUUGGGUGCAGCUGCGCAUUACACAGGGGACAAGAGCAGCCCAGAUCCAGACAAUACAAAGACACCAGGCAGUCAAUCUUCGAGUGGAGGGCUUUCAGAUUUGCUUGUAGUGGACUCAGAAACAACACAACCAGCACCUGCAGGUGGGAGCUCGGACCUCAUUGCUGACUUUGCAGAUUUUUCUUCCCCAGCUGCUUCUGCUAGUCUCCCUUCAGCUGCUGGCCCAGUAUCAACUGGCAAUGGAGAGUUUGGUGACUGGAGCGCUUUUUCUUCGGCCAGUCCUCCUGCGUCUGCAGCUUCGCCAGCUGUGGGAGAUCUGUUCAGUGAUGCUCCGCCUUCCACCCAGCCACCGUCUGCUGACCUUUUUGACCUGAUGGGCCCCAAUCAAGCCAGUCUGAAUGCCUCCCAAAGCAUGACCUUUAAUAUGGGCCCCCCUAGCAUGGGAUUCUCCAUGUCUAGAUCACAGACUUUAGGGGGGCCUGUGCACAGUUUAGCCGGUCCUUUGUUGCCUCAGCAGAUGGGAGUUCAGAAACCAGGAGGGAAAGCUUCAAUACCUGCCACGUGGUCUGACCCAAGUGUUAACAUCAGCUUGGACUUUCUGUCUAUGGGCAUGAACCCUCCCAAGCCUUCACAACCUAGCCUCAACACAAUGAUGCAGCAAGAAAUGACCCAAACAGUGUCAGGGAGACAGCUUGGUGUCCAGCCACCCGUGAACCUGGUAGCCCAGAAUUUUGCUGGAAUGACACUCAACACCCAGCCUGUGCCUGCUAGACCAGCCAUGAACCCUGUGAUGGCAAGCGGAAACGUGGGUAUGGUGAUGCCCCCAAGCAUGGCAACCGGUAACAUGGCAGUCGGUUCCAUGGUUCUAGGAGGAAUGCCUUCCAAUCAAGGUUUAAUGGGAAUAAACAUGGCGUCCGCUGGUUUGGGCCUCCCAGGUGGCCUUGGCAUGUCCAGCAUGGGCCAGGGUUCUGCCAUGUUACAUCCUAAGGUGCCACAGGCCUUCCCUAACUUUGGCAACUUUGGACAAUGAAGGAAAGUCAGCACUGAAAAGAAACGGUCCAAAAAAAUACCUUCUUAAUUAAAAGAAGGAGCUGCAUCCAGUAAAAUGGACGAAACUGACAAAACUAGCCAUUGUCUGGACCCUUCAAUCAUUUAAUGUCACAUGUUUGAGGAGUCUCUAAAAUCUGUUUUCCUUGAGUGAGAGAAGGGUGAUUGAUAGAUGGAAUGGUUUUUUGAUAAGUUACACUAAAACUUUUAUGGUCUGGCAUGUUUGCCAAUGGAUGGUUAAAUGCAAAGAUCACUUUUAGACGUGUGUGUGUUUAUUUGCCCUGUCAUUUCAACAUACUUCCUCUUCCCCAUUUUAAGCCCAUUUGAAUUCAGGAAUUACCUCAACUUCCACUGUUCAUGCUGUGACUAAAAUGCUGCGAGUGAUGGAUUUUGUAAAUAUCUUUUUUUUUUUCUUCCUUUUUUGCAUUUUUGAAGAAGAAAUAGCUAUAAAUUAUUGCAUUAUUUUAUGGAGUUCUCAGAUAUGGUAUGCAGGGAACAAGCUCAGAAAGUCAAGUGAGUAGCACAAGUUCUUAAUUCAUUUCAUUUUUAUUUCUUUAUUUUUACAGCUAAUUCAAUAGAUUCACACUCCAACGAACUAAAUGAUCAUUUAAGUUUAUGUACAAUGAUUCCAUUUAAAUUAUAAUAUGAAGGCUGUUGACUAUUAUUUUACUUACACUUAUAUUAGAUGUCUGAUUAUACAUGACAAUAAUGAACAAAUAUAGAGAAAAAUGUUAUUCUUUACCAGCAGAGGUGAUAAACAACCUUGUUAAAGGUGAUACUGGGUCAUGUGGUUACAGUCCCAAUAUGUAUUACCCCUAGUCCUGAUAUCAUCAUGGCAGAGUCGAAAUCUAAUCUGUCCAGUCCUGUAAGACUGCCUGACAAUAAAAUGGUCACCUUUUAGCAGGUAACGCGAGAAACAGGAUGUGUUCUGGUCUUUUGUAUUGUUUGGGUUUUUCAGAAAUUAUAUGCUGUCUAUAAAACCUUCGCUGUAGGAGCGCGGACAAAUGAAAUCAAACACCAUGAUUUUGCAGAUAGAUUUUUUUUUUUUUUUUUUUGAGAUGGUGGUGGUGUUUUUUUUUUUGUUUUUUUUUUUGUAAAUGAUGAAAGGGCACUUUUUACUGGUGGAAGUGGUAUUCCAAAUCUAAUUAUUAACGACUUGAAUAGUUUCUAAUGCCUCAUAAAACUAACAUGCAUGAAAUGAACUAAAGUAUUUUAAAGUGCAUCUUUUCAUGGAUCACCUCAGAUCAGUGUUAACACUCGUUGUGUCUGUCGCAGGAUGGCAUGUCAGCUAUAAGGUCAAUGGAGGAAAUGUCAACUCCGAAUGAAGUUUGUCAACUUUUUUUUCUUAUUAUUUGUUAACCCCCCACCCCACUCCUACCCCACAUGCUGCUGUACACAGGUGGACGAAGCCCUCCAUUCCACAUCAAGCUCUUGUUUUCAAACUUACCAAAUCUUUAUUUUAAUACUGUUCAGAUGAUUCUAUAGGGGUUUAGUUUCUUAUUUUAAUACUUUACCAUUAUACAAAUCCUGUGCAUAAUAUGGUGUAGGCAUGGGCCAGUUAAGAAAACACUAGGUGCUUAUAAAGUGAGUGGGGGGGAAUAAAUUCAAGAUCAAAAAUCCUCUUUCAUGAAAUUCUUUCUUUUGAAAUUUAAUUUUGGACUUGAAUUGUAUUCAAUAAAAAAUAUGUAUGACAAUUCA